AUGUUUUAUUUUAUAAUAAUAUUUCUCUUUCAUUCUAUUCGUAUGAAUUAUAUAGAGAUAAUAAUUAAUGAAACAACAAGAAUUGAUUCAUUUCAAAAAACUAAUAUAAUUAUAAUUGAACGAGUAUAUACUCGUAAUAAACAAGAAAUUCUAUUAAAAAGACCAUUACUUCUUUAUUUAUAUAUUGAAUCAGCUGAAAUAUAUCCAUUAGAAUAUUUAAAGAGUAUCAAUAAUAAAUUAUUUCCAAUAUCAUUUCAACAUUUUCAAACAGAAAAUAAUUCUAAAAAAAAUAUAAAACAAUCAACUUUUUGUGGUUAUGAUAGUUUUGAUAUACAUACAGCAAAACCUAUCAAAGAAUUCUCUUGUAAACAUUGUCUCAAUCAAACUUGUCAAACGACUACACAUUGCAUACGAAUGGAUGAUUAUUGGUAUGAUGUUUAUGAUAUUGAUUCACGUCAAUUACAUUUUUCUUUAUCUCUUCAUAUUUAUGAACUUGAAGAUGAUUUUACUUGGACAUUACUAUUAAAAACAGAUCUCAUUGAUUUUCCAUUUGUAAAUAAAACUACUGAAAUUGCUGAUAUUCAAAUAACAUCAUUAACAACAAAUGAACAUUCAAUAUCAAAUAUUUUACUUAAUGAAUAUAAAUAUUUAUUAGAAUUUCAUAAUGAAUUUAUGGUAAUUAAUAAAUCUGAAUUAAAUCUUGACGAAGAUAAUAUAUGUAAGAAAAUCGUUAAUACAACAGAUGAUCAAAUAUGUUCAAUUGAAUGUUCAAAAAAUCAACCAUUUGAUUUUUGGCUUGCUGAUAAAUCAAAUGAAAUGAAUAAACAACCUUUUCAUUAUGUUUUUCAACCUCAUCUUGAUUUACCCAUUCAUGAAUAUAAUCAUAAAUUUAAAUUUCUUAUACCAUAUAAACAACAAUUUCGUCUUAAUAUAACAUUUAAACAAAAUCAAUCAAUUGGAUUUGAAUGUUUAAUUUCAAUUAUUGAAAUAUCAAUUGAAUCAUUUUCUAAGUAUACAUUUCAAAUAGCAUUAAUUAUAAAUAAUACAGGUUUAUCUCAAUGUUCGAUACGUAUAUCUUUUAAACAAAAUCAAUUAAAAAAUUCAUAUUUUAUUAAACAAGAAUAUCCAUAUGAAUAUCAUAUUAGUCCAAUGUAUGAACAAUUAAUAUUUUUUACGAUAUCAAUAAAAAGACGUCAAUGGAAAAGAAUAAUUUUUUCACCUAUGUAUAUACAAGCAAAAGUCAAUGAUUUAUCUACAAAUUCAACAUUAGUAGAACGACAAUUUUUAUUGAAAUAUGGUCAUCAUUGUGUCUGUAUUUCAAUUUGUCGUUGUCAAUGUUUUAAAAAUACACUUAUUCCUAAUCUAUCACAAUUAAAAUGUGUAUCUAUGCUUGAAAGUGAUAUUAAUCAAGCAGGAUUAUCAUAUGUUAAUCAUGAUAGAAUAUUGAAAUUAUUAAUUAAUCAUAAAAAUCCAAUGAUUGAAAUGAUGAAUGAACAAUCAAGAUAUAUUAGAAAAUGGUUUUUAUUUAUUGCUGUAUUUGCACUUUGUUUAAAUAUCUUAUUAGUUUUUACUGUCAAGUAA